AUGAAGUUCCAAUAUUCUUCACUGCUAAUGGCAGCUUCGGCGGCCGUCGCCCAGACCACCACCCCGGCCCCGACUGCGACCGCCGGCUCCGGCACCAUGCCCUCCGUCACUCUCGACUACUGCACCGUGGUCGCUACCGCCGGCAACGAGUCCGUCGGAUACUACAAGUACCAGAACAUCCGCUUUGCCGCCGUCCCGACCGGCGACCUCCGCUGGGCUAAGCCCCAGGACCCUCCCGUCGAGGCGGAGGUCAACACUGGCGACUUGGCUUCCGCCGACGUUGCUUGCAGCUCCGAGGAGGACUGCUUGUACAUGGAUGUCUGGGCCCCUGCCAACUCCGAGGGCAAGAACCUGCCCGUGAUGGUCUGGACGUAUGGCGGAGGCUUCACCGGUGGCAGCAAGUCCGAGAACACCCCCGAGGGUCUCUUCGAUCUGUCCCAGGAUUUUGUCUACGUUGCCUACAACUACCGUCUCGGCAUGACUGGCUUGGCCAACGGUCCCACCUUCUUGCACGAGGGCGGCACCUCCAACACUGCCAUCUGGGAUGUCGAGCACGCCUUCAAGUGGACCAAGAAGUACAUCUCCCAGUUCGGCGGUAACCCCGAUGAGAUCACUGCAGUUGGUUUCUCCGCCGGCGCCUCCCAGGUCCUCUUCCAGAUGACCCGCUUCGCCGGCCACGCCGAGCAGCUCUACAGCCGCGCCUACGUCAUGUCCCCCGGCUUCGUCCCCGGCGCCGGCCACCAACACGCCGACGCCUUCUGGCUGAACGUUUCCUCCGAGGCCGGCUGCGCGGGCGGCAGCAUUGAGUGCAUGCGCAGCGUCGACUUCGACACGCUCAACACCGCCGCCACCACCGUCCAGGACGCCUACACUUACCAGUUCCAGCCCCGCGUCGAUGGCGACAUCAUCGCCGACACGUACGAGGCCCAGCUCUAUCAGGGCCGCUUCAACUUUUCCGGCCCCGUCGUCGCCACCCACGAGCUGCACGAGGCCAACUCCCAGUCCUACUCGGGCGUGAACACCACCGAGGACGUCGCGACCUACCUCCGCAUCUUCUUCCCCGCCAUCGCCGACUCCGUCGUCGACGAGAUCCUCGCGCUGUACCCCGAGGACGACUACACCGAGCCCGGCCUGCGCUUCGCCGACAUGAAGCAGCACUUCGACCUGACCGCGCACAACCUCGCCCUCACCCACGCCAUGAACAACCAGACCUGGAACGGCCUCGUCGCGCUUGACCAGGCUACCCACGGCACUGACCAGAGCUACUACUGGUACAGCACCUACACCCUGUCGUCCUCCUUCGACAGUACCACGACCACGACCACCGCCGCCUCCAACGCGACUGCUACUUCCGCCGCUGCCUCUGCCACCGCCUCCUCCAGCGCCGGCGGCCCUCCCAGCGGGGGUGGCAUGGGCGGCAGCACCUCUGUCAACGCCACCAUCGCCGUCAUGAUGCAGAAGUACCUCAUGUCCUUUGUGCUUACCGGCAACCCCAACACCAUGUGGGCCGAGGACAAGCUCGAGUGGCCCCAGUACGGCAACGACACCACUGCCGGCACCCAGAUCGUCUUCAAUACCACCUUCUACCUUGACGAGGAUGACCUUGCGAACGACAAGGCCCUCUUCUGGAACAAGGCCACCUGGUACUAA